GGUUUUUCAUUGAUCAAACAAGCAAACAAAAGUUUGUUACAUUGACUUCUCAGAUUUUCAUUUUACCAGUUGUCUCACAAUUAAUCACCAUUUUUUCCCUUUAUACAACGUUUUACACCGGCCUGAAGAUGAAGGAGAUGGAUCAGCUGGAGAUCAUCCAGGAGGAAAAUACGGAGUUGAUAGAUAAUCUCUUCGUCCCGGAUGUAAACUCCAGCGAUCCAGAUGAGCGCAAGCUGGCUCGCCACAUACGUAUACAGAAACGUAUUGAAGCCGUGGCGAGGCAGCACAAAGGAAUUGAACAACUCCGCGCUGAAAGGGCUGCAGAACGCGUUACCCUCCUUCAGAAACAACUUGAAAAGUCUUCAGAGGUUCUGCAUGAGCUUUUCAAAGAGGCCGAACAUCAGGUGACAAAUGUGCGCGUUGCGAAUGACCGACGUGAGGUGGACCGCCGCGAAAACGAUGCCGUCCGGCGUACCAGGAUCUAUGGACAACUUCAUGAGGAUGCCAAACUUUCGAUGGAAAUGUUUUCGGAAAUUGCCAGUAAAUGGGAGAGGAUAAUGGCGUACAAUGAUCCAUUAAGUAUACAUGAGGAUCUGCUGAUGCAAAGGGAGAAGUGUGAGGAGUUAUUAAGACAAAAAGACACCGUGAUCGCCAUGAUCAAACAUGAGCUGCACCAGGCCGAGUCCAGAUUCUAUCUGGACCAGCAGUGUCAGAAUUCGGACAUUCAUAUACUAGCAAAACGUGUCGAAAGGCAGGUCACAAUAAUGCGCGCUGCGCAUGCGGUAGAACUGCAGAAUAUUGAAGAUGUGAUGAUCCUGGAACGAUCCAACAUGAUGGAGAAUAAUGACAAAAGGUGGAACGAGAUGUACAAGCGUCGUAAAGAACAGGAGAUGGCGAUUUCCGACUUCAAAGUAAAACAACAACAAGAUUUUGAAGAAACCGUAACGCGCGCAAGGACUAAACAUUACGAGAAAAUUCGGGAGGUCAAAAUUGCUCUCGAACGCGACUGUGGGCAACUACAGAAAGAAUUCGAGUACAUAAAAACAUCCGCGUUAGUAAAUUCAGAGAAAAUGGACUACAACUAUCAGAUUCUAAAGAAACGAGAAGAUGAGAACAUUAUAAUCAAAGGUAAUCAAAAGCGUUUGAUCAAUAAACUACAGGAUACCAUCAAUUGUCUACGAGAAAAGACCAAACACUAUGAGCACCAUACCAAGGCCCGUGUGUCAAAGCUAUGCAACGAGAUACUGUCGUUGCAGAAGAGUAUCAAAAAUGAAAAGAAGAAAUCCAAGAUAGUUGCUGUCACCAAUGACCAGAAGUAUAUGGAUAUCUGGGAGUUGAAUCGCAAAGCAGCGAACAAAAUCCUGAAGAGAAUCAUGGAAAUGGACAAAUUGCUGUAUGUCCAGCAGUUGGGUAUCACAUGGAGAGAGCCCAAAAUCAAACUACAGGUGAAGGAGAAAAUGCCUUCGUACAAAUCAGCAGUGAAAUAUCUGGAAGAGCGGUAUGGUUAUGUCCCGGCGGUAAACAGACAGAAAAAGAGGAAAAAAAAGAUCGUUCUACCUGCAAAAAUGGGCAAAGUCCAGAACAAUUUCAGUUACAGACGUCUUAUGCGUAUUGUACUGGAAAAACUCGCCGACAAUGGUGGUUUCCUUGCCGAGUCAAAAAUAAACGAUUUGGUUGUUGAUGCCUCCAGGAGUGAGCAGGUCCUUGUCAAAGUUGACAGCGUUCUGGACACGUUGGGCAUCAACCUUGCGUGCGAUGUGAAUGUGAUGCGGUAUUUCUUCCGACCGUACAUUUACUGCCCGGUGUGCACCCCGAAUGUUUUGCACUUUGGUGCUGGUGACGAGGAGGUCUCCAGCACGGACACCACGUUGUCUCAGUUAGUUGACGGGAUCCCAAACACUGACCAGGCUACAGUUGGGUCUAAUGGUUUCCAAGUGGGCACCUUGCAGGGAAUGCAGGGAACCAUGACGGGACGAGAGUCGGAUAAAACAGUGGAUACUAUUGUCGUCAGUGUGCUGAGUGGUAAGCGGCCCAAACCAAGCAUCAGUGAUCUGAGUAUUGUUCAGAAAGAAGGCGAGUGUAUUGGACCAGCACAGAGGAUUGCAAAUUUGUCUAGUGCUGAAAAGAAAAUGGCACAGAUGGUGGACCAUGUGACAGUGAUGGGAGACACUGAUUUUGAGUACUGCUUGUUGAAUCAUCCGCUGUACAUGCAUCCAUCGUUGGUAAUGCGUGCCCUUCGUGAAUUUGUAACGAGAGUAAAGUGUCAAACCGACGGAAGGGACUUGUUACCAUCAGAUACAGAAUUGUGCAAAUCUCCUCAGACUAUAUCCCGACUUUUGAACCCCGAUGAAAUCAAGGAGUACUGGGAGCGUUAUAAGGUGAUUUUGGCUUCCCGGACUACCGAAUUGUGGGAAGCCCUUGGAUAUGGUAUGAGGAAGUACCAUCGCAUUCUGGAAGAUCGGCAUAGACUCAAUGAAGAGUUGAAGAGCUUGCAGAAACAAAAUAAAGAAUUGCGGUACCUUCUCUACAAGUUCUCCAGUACUCCACCUAAUACCAAAAUGAAGCCCCCGUGUGCUAUUGAGCGGAAGAGUUACGAAGUGAUGCGGGUCACAGAUUUACAACUGGAUGACCGCCUGGACCUACGAAGGCAAGAUUAACAAGACGCAGAUUAUUUGGAUGUAUUUUUUCGACCGAUUCUUGAAACAUGCAAAUUCUUCAGUGUUUA